CAUCCAUCAUAGCUGCUGUAUCAAAUGGGAAGGACAUUAAUGGCCCACUAUUACCAUAUCAAACAGCAUCUGCAGGAGACCACCUCCAGCAGGCAGCAUCAAGCCAAGCCCCCAGCACCAGACAAGCUAUGAAGAGGCACACCAUAAACAUUUCAGCUGUAAAACAUCUGACCUUGAACCCAGCGACUUCUCCACCACCUAAACCAACCACAGGCUCAGUGAAAUCCACCCUUCAUGCUGGUGGUCCUAACAAACUGUUCAACAUACACUCACUGCCUGUAACCCCAUCAAAAAGCCUAACAGAUUACUUAACCAUGUUGAAAUCGCAUCCACAUGUAAAAGAAAAGGUACUAAAGGAACGCUUUAUGCAGACCACACUGCCAUCUAUUACUGAGGGCACAUUCUUUGCCAUUGGCCACACGGAUGUAAGCAUGGCAGGCUCAGAGAUAACAGCAACAAAAUACCCCCAAGCAAGUUCAUUGCAAUUAUCGGAAGAAAGUGAAAGUGACCUGUCCACUGUUUUCCCAUUUGAGUCAAACCUGGCAAAGUCAACUGAGCUGAUGCCAGACCUGCCAGUGAUGCAGAGGAGGAUGAGGAUUGCAUCACCGGAUUUCCUCAGUGGCUUGGCCCAGAUCUCCGAUGACAUCUGCGGCAGUGGAAACUACACAGCAGAGAUGCGUCUGACCCUGGAGAGAGAUAUCAUGCCAGGAGAUCUUGUCCCUGCUCUUGGAAACCUGCAUGUCGUCAUCAACCUGAAAACAAAUAACACCCAGGUGAACCUGGAGAUAAAGUCCUGCUGUCUCUCACCCACAGUCAGACUAGAUGAGUUCAACACCACCUGCUGCCUGUUUUCCAGGUUACCCAUAGAUCCACAAGGCAUCCACCUGCUUCCCACUGUUCUGUCAAAAAGAGCCAGCUUCACCAUCAGUCUUUUCCAGAUGAUUAACUACUCCACUGCCUACCUACACUGUGAUCUGAGCGUGUGCCUGAGGAACAACUCCGAGUGUGAACGGUGUCAACAGCACAGAAAUGCCCAUUAUACUGACGAUGGGGAGGUUCUCUUCAGCAGUACUGGAAAUCGCAUUUCUUUUGGGCCUGUUUUGAAAGAGGCAGAUGAUUCUGCCAUCAUAGAAACAGCAGAACUGGACGUUGCAGAAGCAGCAGUGAUUCUUGGUUCUGUAUCUGGCUGUUUUCUCGUCUGCAUAGCUCUAAUGCUUCUUUGGACGAGUUACAGACAUCACUUACAAAGGUCAGGGCACUGCCAGUGCUGGACUUCCCACGGCUGCUCACGCAAUGGAGAACACUUCUUACCAUGAGCUCUGAAGGUGUACUCAAUCAUUGCCUACUGGCA